CACGUUUAAAUUACAUAAGUCAACAGACUCAGUUCCAUUUGGAGUAUAAUCAUGACCUCAACUGCUCUACAGAAACAACGUCAAACAACGUAAUUCGAAUCCAACUACUUACUUAUUUCAAGAGGAGAUAUCCCAUGUGUGAAACAAAUGUUGCAAAACGUGGAAUUUCACAUUCAAAUCUAAAUGGAUCCAGUUUUAUUACCUCAACCAUCCUUCAUAUGCAGAUAAACUCACUGAGCUUUGCUGCCUUCACCGUCAUUUCAAUUCCUCUUUUCUCGAGUUUGGUCUUUCAGAGUUUACAAUCAUGAGUCCAUGGAGCCAGUUAUCAUCAUACUAAUGAAUGAUUAUUUCAUCUAAUGUGCUGAAGAAAACACAACAGUGCUUAUAAAGUCUGAGGAUGAAACGACUUUUAUUCUCGAGUGAAUAAAUCUCUGUUUCACUUUAUAUGAACAUGUUCAAUUUGAGGAUCAUUUUAUUUAUUUCUGCUAUUGUCACUCUGGACAUUGAACUGUGUUUCAGUGCAUGUGCACGUGCUGAAUAUGAGAUAAAUGGAAACUGCUGCCCCAUGUGUGCACCCGGAAACUUUGUCUAUUGGCAUUGCACUGAGAAUACCAGUACAACUUGUGUUCCUUGCCCUGAAUCAACUUACAUCGAUGAACCCAAUGACCUUAUGAAGUGCUUUCCCUGCUUUGUGUGUGAUGAAAAUGUAGGACUAAGAGUGCAGAAGACCUGCACACGCUCUGCAGAUACUGUUUGUGAGCCACAUGAGGGAUUCUACUGCAUUAACAGCAGCUGUACUUUUGCUUUGAAACACUCUAAAUGUAAUCCUGGUCAAUAUAUCAAACAAACAGGAACAGCAUUUACUGAUACUGUAUGUGCUGACUGCACAGACAAAACUUACUCAGAUGGCUCUUUAACAUUCUGUCAACCACAUUCAGCAUGUGAGACAGAGGGACUUGAAGAAAUAAAACCAGGAACAAUGUCAUCUGAUGCUGAAUGUGGCAAAUCAACUCCAGUUGGUCUCAGAGUUGGAGUCAUUUUUGCUUUUAUUUUGAUUGUUCUCAUUGUGGCUGCUGUAGGAAUCUUAACAAUUCUGAUAUUAAAACAAAGAGGACAACCCUCUAACAGAAUAAGAAGCUCCAGCUCAACUCUGCCAACUCUGUUAUAGUGAACCAAUAUCAGCAGACUCAGAUUCUACAAAGUCCUGUUGAUGUGUCAGCUGCUUGACAUUGAAAUCACAAAAUGCACUAUCUACGUCUCACUUAUCUACCUCAGAUUGUCAUGUGUCAAUUGCGACAGUUAUGUUGAAUCUGUUUUAAAUAACUCUAGUUACUUUAUUUUAAAUAAACUCUCUCCUCAUUAUCCCUUAAAGAAAGUGCAUGUUACACCUCUCUUUGACUCGCUUCAUUGGCUGCCUUUUGCUGCUUGCAUAUAGAACAGCCACUGGCUCUGCACCCGCAACACACUUUUGCAACUUUUUGUUACUUCUAGAAGCUUGCAGUCAGUGAGUGAGCAGCACCUUGUGGGACUAAACAAUCACAUUUUACUUUCACUGUUCCCCGCUGGUGGAAUUAUCUUACCAAGUCCACACAAACAGCCAAUUCCCCUGCAACUUUCAAGAAACAUCUAAAAAUGCAUCUCUCCCAUAAGCGCUUGACUCAACCUUUUAACGCUCUUUAAAAAAAUGUUUUUUCAUGCUUUAAGAUUUUACACAGUCUUUAACUUUCAUCUCUGUUGUAGCCAGAUAAAUUUGGACCUUCGUAUUGCAGUACUUCUCAUAUUAUUGCUUCCUUGUAGGAUGAAUUACAUUUGUACAGUAGAAUUCCCCAUUAUUAAUUGUAACUGUAAAUAGUAAUGUUGUUACAGUUCAUUAUGAUCAAACAGCGGUUUCAAACAAAUGUAAUGCUAAUGAGACACUUAUCAUGAUUUUAUUCGGACAGUGUGGAAUAGGUUUUUACACUGCUCGUGAGUCGUGCCAGAAUACCUGUCAAAUGAUUAAAACCAUACACUAAAUUUUAC